UCCACUCUCUUAUUUUGCCUCAACCAAUAUAUUCCUUAUUUUUCGUGGCGGAGAAACAAAGCCUGUCUUCUUGUCUCAUCCAUUGGUCCAAAGCCAUCACCACCUGCCGGUGACGCACCCGCUCGUGACGGUAGCGCUGCUCUCUUCGUUUUCUCACAAACAGCACCAACGCCGGUUUCAUUUCAUCUUUAUUCCAGUUCUGAUUCACUCGCUUUUCGACAAGGAUACUACCGCAGAGGUGGAUACGCUAUUGACUUCGCUUUGAUUCGAAUCGAAUCGGAUUUCAUUGCAAUUAUGACUCAGGCAGUGGAGGUUCUGAAUAGGUAUGGGACGGAUAUGGUGGGGGAGCCCAGAGGUUCUGAUUCGGAGUGUUUGGCGGGCUUCGAGUGUUUUCUGAACAUUGUGAGGGCACUGGGAAUGGGAUCGUGCAUCUCGGAGGUUGGGGCUGGUGGUAGCUCCCCUCCUCUUCUUUCUGAUUCCAAUACGGAUGGGAAGAGGAGGAGGUUGAGGGGUUCCUCGUCCUUUGAUUUCAGAGUGCCUGGGAGGAUGUUCUCGAAUGGGUCAAGCGAGGUUGCAUCCAUGUUUUGUAAGCAAGGAAGAAAAGGGAUCAACCAAGAUGCUAUGCUUGUUUGGGAGAACUUUUGCUCCAAGGAAGACACCAUUUUUUGUGGUGUUUUUGAUGGUCACGGACCUUAUGGCCACAAAGUUGCGAAGAAAGUUAGGGAUUCUUUUCCUCUAAAGCUUAAUGCCCAAUGGGAUUUGCAUCAUAAGAAUAAAGAUGGAGUCAGUGAUCAUAGCAGUGCCAACGGAAGUUAUAAAUCUGAAGGAAAUGGAUUUAGACUGGUGGAUGAGAAAACUUACCCCACUUAUCAUGAACUUGAUGAAACAGAUAUUACUUUGACAUUGAAAGAGUCUUAUCUGAAAGCUUGUAAGCUCAUGGACAAAGAACUGAAAAUGCAUGCUGAUAUUGACUGCUUUUGUAGUGGGACUACAGCAGUUACCUUGGUCAAACAAGGGCUGGACCUUGUUAUUGGAAAUAUUGGGGACUCGAGAGCUAUACUGGGUACCAGAGAUCACGAUGAUUCUCUUAUUGCUGUUCAGUUGACUGUUGACCUUAAGCCAAACCUUCCAAGGGAAGAAGAGAGAAUUAGGCUUCGUAGAGGAAGGGUUUUUUCCCUUCACAAUGAACCUGAGGUGGCUCGAGUUUGGCUGCCUAACUCUGAUUUCCCUGGUCUUGCUAUGGCUCGUGCAUUUGGAGACUUUUGCCUGAAAGACUUUGGAUUGAUUUCUGUUCCAGAUAUCUCAUAUCACCACCUUACCGAGAAGGAUGAGUUUGUUGUGCUAGCGACAGAUGGGAUUUGGGAUGUUUUAUCAAACGAAGAAGUCGUGGACAUUGUAGCAUCUGCUCCACGGUCUACUGCUGCUAGAGCACUGGUUGAGUCAGCUGUUCAGGCAUGGAGGACAAAAUAUCCUUUUUGCAAGGUUGAUGAUUGUGCCGCGGUUUGCCUCUUCUUUGAUCCAGAUACAGAUUUCAAGUCAAAUGAUACCAAAGGCAAGUUGGUAUCGGAGGCAUCUGUUGACCAAUCCGAGGAUUUAUCUUGAUGAAAAGGGAACUGGAACGGAAGCUGAAAAACAGCUCCAAUAGCACAAGUUUUGUACCGUGUCUCUCCCAAGCCUUGCUGGUUUUAUUGAGAAGGUUUGGAAAGUUGUGCUGCAAAAGUCAAAAGAGAAAGGAUCAUUAUUUUGAUGAUUUUUCGGUAGUUUUCUGCCAGUAUUCUUUUCAUUAUUUAUUUUUCAUUUCCUUCGACAGCAUUUGAGGGGCGAAAGAGGGGGGACUUAUAUAUAAAUAUAUUUCAUAUCUGGAGGAAAAGGGGUACCGGGCUAUUUUUUUGCUGGAGGUCAUUUUUCCUUCUCUGUAUAUUUGGUAGAUUUGGAGUUUUUGUAAAUCCAAGUCAUUAGAUUCAUAUUAUAUAGUCUGUUUAAUCUUCCGUUUUUCAUUUUGCCUCAUUCUUAGGAUGUUUCAUAUUUCCAAUUUAGUCAGUGAAAACAUGAGAACUGAAUAGAAUUGGACUAUUUCUUAUGGACCUUUUUGAGUCAGGUUUUUGUACCUCCAUGUUGGGUUGCUGUCAGAGAUUAAUGAUAUUUUUCCAGUGUGAUUC